ACCAGGACUCCAAUACUGCGAACCCACGCAAACGUGCUCAUCAUCAACCUCGCUCUCUGUGACCUCAUUUUCUCAUCUCUCAUUGGCUUCCCAAUGACCGCGUUGUCCUGCUUCAAACGUCAUUGGAUCUGGGGCGAUCUAGGAUGCGAUUUCUAUGGAUUUGUGGCUGGAUGGACUGGUCUCGGCUCCAUAACAUGUCUGGCGUUUAUAUCGAUUGACCGCUAUAUGGCUAUAGUACAUCCCUUCUAUAUGCUCAACAAAAAGUCAUCGUCAGUACUUACAUUGCUACAAAUUGGAGCCGUGUGGAGUUGGGCUUUGAUUUGGUCGGUAAUGCCGCUAUUCGGUUGGGGUCGAUUCAUUCCGGAAGCUUUUGGAGUGAGCUGCACGUUCGAUUACUUGACGAGAACUUGGUCGAAUAUUUGUUUCAAUUACGUCUUAAUUACCUGCGGAUUUUUUUUACCGGUUGUGAUAAUAGUUACGAGUUACAUCGGUAUCGUCAUCGAGGUUACGAAAUCGACGGUAGAGGAAGAUGGAAUGAAGGAUCAUAUGGAUGCUCAAAACGCACGUUGUUAUGUUUUUGUUGCUGUGCUGUCAAUGUUGAAAACCGCCAAAGUACUUGCUUGUUGCUUCGGUGCAUUCCUAAUUUGCUGGACUCCUUACGCCAUUGUCGCUCAACUCGGUAUCAACGGUUUCGCACAUCUCGUCACGCCAUUCACUUCGGAAGUCCCCGUCUUGUUCGCCAAAACAUCUUCGAUUUGGAAUCCUCUCAUAUACGCCCUCAGUCACCCACGCUACAGACGUGCCGUCGUUUUGGAAGUUUCGAAUUUUCGAAAGUGGUUUCAUCGUUUCAUCGUUCGUCAGUUCCUCUGCUGCUACUGUCGUGCUGCCGACCAAGAGACGUGGAGUAGGAGGAGUGAUGUUGGUGAGUAG